UGCAAUGCAAACAAUGAGUGAACAGUCCCUUAGAAAUCACGUGUCUCGGCAAGCCACGAUCCUAGGCAACCUUGGAAUGAACGUGAGAAGCACCGUUGUAUUCUGGGAGCUGUAGUCCCUCAUGACUGGCCCCGCCCUUGGUGCGGUUGUGGCGGCCCGCGUUUGGAGAAAACUCUACCGGGUAGCUCAGCGCGGGUCGGAGCUGAAGAAAGCGGUGGUGCCGCCCUAUAACCUUCGUCCCCAGCUCCCGUGGCUGGCUCCGCCUCUCCUCCGAUCUUUCCCACCACCCAAAAUGGCGGCGGAAGUGGAUUUUGGCGACCUAGAGCUGUUCGAGGCGUUUGACCCCCCAGAGGAGUCGACUCCGAAGCCCGUCCACACCCGCUUCAAGGACGACGACGGCGACGAGGAGGAGGAAGAGAAUGGGGGCGGCGACGCGGAGCUGCGGGAGCGGCUUCGGCAGUGCGAGGAGACCCUGGAGCAGCUCCGCGCCGAGAAUCAAGAACUUAAAAGAAAAUUGAACAUUCUGACUCGACCGAGUGGAAUAUUGGUGAACAAUACUAAAUUAGAUGGACCUUUAUUGCAAAUUCUAUUUAUGAACAAUAUUAUUUCAAAGCAAUAUCAUCAAGAAAUAGAGGAAUUUGUAUCAAAUUUAGUAAAAAGAUUUGAGGAACAGCAGAAAAAUGAUGUGGAAAAGACUUCGUUUAAUCUUUUGCCCCAGCCGUCCAGUAUUGUGUUGGAAGAGGACCAUAAAAUAGAAGAGUCUUGUACCCUUAAAAACAGCAAGGAAGCUUUUAGUGUUGUAGGAAGUGUCCUGUAUUUUACUAAUUUUUGCCUUGAUAAAUUGGGGCAACCGCUUCUAAAUGAAAACCCUCAGCUUACCGAAGGAUGGGAAAUACCCAAGUACCAGCAAGUCUUCAGCCACAUUGUUUCUCUAGAAGGGCAAGAGAUACAAGUAAAGGCAAAAAGGCCAAAGCCUCACUGUUUCAAUUGUGGUUCUGAAGAACAUCAAAUGAAAGAUUGCCCAAUGCCCCGGAAUGCGGCUCGAAUAAGUGAAAAGAGAAAAGAGUACAUGGAUGCCUGCAGUGAAGCAAACAAUCAGAGUUUUCAGCAGCGUUACCAUGCAGAAGAAGUGGAAGAAAGAUUCGGAAGAUUCAAGCCAGGCGUUAUCAGUGAGGAGCUUCAAGAUGCACUGGGGGUGACAGACAAGAGUCUCCCCCCUUUUAUCUAUCGGAUGCGCCAGCUCGGAUACCCACCAGGGUGGCUCAAGGAGGCUGAGUUGGAGAAUUCAGGGCUUGCACUCUACGAUGGAAAAGAUGAUGCUGAUGGAGAAACAGAAGUUGGAGAAAUACAGCAGAAUAAAAGUGUCACUUAUGAUCUCUCGAAGUUGGUAAACUAUCCAGGUUUUAAUAUAUCGACUCCCAGAGGAAUUCCAGAUGAAUGGAGGAUGUUUGGUUCCAUACCGAUGCAGGCCUGUCAGCAGAAGGAUGUGUUUGCCAAUUACCUUUCUUCUAACUUCCAAGUGCCCAGCGUGAAGUCCAGCGGCAAGCGGUCUUCGUUGCAGUCCAGCUCUGGUAGCCCGAAGAAGCAGAGGAAGGAGGGCAGCUCCACAGUGUCCCCCGCCGACAUGGAGCUUGACUCGGAUGCGGAGCCGGCCCAUGGAGCCGGCGGCUUCCAGUUCCAGCCGCCCCUGCCCCGCGGGACCCCACCGCCCGUGUUCGUGCCCCCGCUGCCCAAGGGCACCCCACCGCUCACGCCCGGAGCCUCGCCGCAGCCCCGGUGCCCCGCCGUGGACGAGGACGCGCUGACGCUGGAGGAGCUGGAGGAGCAGCAGCGGCGCAUCUGGGCGGCCCUGGAGCAGGCGGAGGGCGCCGCCAGCGACUCGGACCUGCAGGCCGACGCGCCCCUCGCCGUCGCCUCGGUGGCCUCUUCGCCCGACCUGCGCGUCCCGGAGGGGCAGGUCCCAGAGGAGCCCGGGGCAGCGGGGCGCCCCUUGAGUCCCGCCCCCGAGGCCCAGAAGCCUGAGGAGGAGGCGGAGCACGAAGCUGCCGCUCUGGGCAACGGAGCUGUGGAGUCGAACUGUGACCUUCGCAACGGGGACUCCGGACCCGCGCCCGCCUCGGCCUCGCAGCUGCACAGCCCCGUCCCCGACAUGAGCAAGUUCGCCAUGGGGAUCACGCCCUUCGAGUUCGAGAACAUGGCCGAGUCCACGGGGAUGUACCUCAGGAUCCGCAGCCUGCUCAGGAACUCGCCCCGCAACCAGCAGAAGAACAAGAAGGCGCCCGAGUGACCGCGCCGCCCACCCGCCCCGCGCUCAAACCGUCCGUCCCAGGUCCAGCCGCGGCCUCCGGUCAGGCCCACUGGGGAGAAUGGAGAGCUGGGCCGCUCGUUUCUCUGUUCUGCUCUCAGUGACGGGGGGUGGGGGGCUGUAUUUAAGGUUUAUACUAUUUUUGGAUUGUGGGUGUCCCUUGAGAGUGACUUUUUUAUGUCUUUUGUACAUUGUUUUCCCUUUCUACAUUUUGCUAAUUAUCCUGUAUAUAAGUUUAAUAUAUCACUUUUUAAAAGAAAAAAAAAUCUAGCCAUUUUAAAUUCAUAUCUCAACUCCGACAACCCAAUGAGAAAAAUCAGGGAUGAGCGGCUUUAUCCCAUUCGGAUAUUUUUGUAAGAUUUUCAGGCAUCGAUUUUAAUAACACUUUUGCUUUUUGUAACUUCACUCUUCAUAUAUAUAAGCGUACUAUACAGGUAUGGGUACAGAAGUUUAAUAAAUUAAUUUUCAUACACAUAAUGUAAAAAAAGGCUUCACAGUUAAAUUUUUACCUUUAAGUUUGGAAGAAAAUUGUGGUUGCAAAAAUUAGUGCUGACAGGGCCGGGGAUUUAGUUCAGUGGUUCCGCCACCUGCCUCGCAACUGAAAGGUCCUGAGUUCGAUCCCUGGUUCCAAAACAACAACAACAAAUUAGUGGUAACAAAGGAAACAAGAAAAUUGUAAGUUUGGUUAUAUGCAGUGGACUUCAGCCUUAAUAUAAAAACAGAAUCUUGUAAAGUAAUUUUUUUAUAAUGAAGAGAGGGUAGCUAGCCUGUAUAUAAAAAUAUUUUGAAUUUGAAUACAUAAUAUUACAAACAAAUUGGUUGCUUUUUCUUCUUCUGUUCUGGUUUUUUGUUUGCUUUUUUUUUAUUUUAAGACAGGGUCUGGCUAUGUAGAUCAGGCUGGCCUUGAACUCACUAUUGUAGUCUAGGCUGGUCUGGAACUCCCAGCAAUCCUCCUGCCUCAGCCUGCUCCCGAGUGAUGGGAUUACAGUCUUUGGCCACUACACCCAUCUUUGAUUGCUUUUAAGUAUCAGAGACAUAAAGUGGAAAGUAACUUUUUCUUUAUGUGAAAUGCUGUUAAUCUUUUUUUGUUGUUUUUUGUUACUGGGGAUCGAACUCUGGUCCUUGCACUUGUGGAGCAGGCAGCAAAACCCCUGAGCUAAAUCCCUGGUCCUAUGCUAUUAAUCUUUAUACUUGGGCAAGUUCAUGACAAUAAAGACAUGACCUUGAAUCAUUAAUCUUAGGUAGUAUUAUUCUGCUUCUUAGCCAACAGAGGGAGAGCAAAAUAGAAACAGUAUUUUUGAGAACUUGAGUAAUCACAUUUACUGCUCUAUAAACAAAAGGAAAGAAAAUUAAAUGAAAGGUGGAAUUAACUUUAAGGGCCUCAUAGAACAUAUUGGAAUAAAAUGUUAAAUAGUUUUGGCUUUCUUUUUCUCUUGACCUUAAAUGCAUAAUAAAGGUAAUCCUCCUCAGUUUGCACCUUUA